CCCGUUAAAGAGUGAAAUAUAUUUUUCAGAUAUACGCCACUGUUUAUAUAACAUCUCUGUAAAAUAUUUAAAUGUCGGUAGUACGGAAAGUGUUUUCGAGCUGGGUUGGAAAGAGAACAAUAACAAGUGUAAGACAACUUUCUCAUUCACAAAAUAAUGUCUAUGUUGGUGAGCCAAAUAAAGAUUCAAACAUUCGCCCAAUAGUUGUGCAACGAUCAACUUACGAUACGAAGCUUGAAACACGAUUGAAAGAUUUACAAGAGAAGACACAAAAGUGGCAUCACCAGUUCUGGAAACAACAUAAUGAAAACUACUCAACAAGCCGCGAAAUAUUCGUUGAAAAACUCCUGAAGAAUCGAGGAUUUCAGAAUGAUUCUGGUCAACCUAAACCAACACCUGAUCCUGAUGAUAUGGCAGUGUUUCAUAGAGACUUCCUAACAAAUAACUUGGUAACUCUUCGAAAAUACGACAAUGAAUGGCGGAAACUUAAUCGUCAGCUUAUAUUCUUAAUGAUGGUGGUCAACAUACAACGUGCUUGUUUGUGGAUUAUUCAACCAUUAUAUAAAAGAAAAACAAUUAAUCAAAUGAAUGUAGAUAAGACAACACCUCUAUCAAAUAAAGAGGGACAUUGAAUUAUGGAUGUAUAAAUAUUAUUUUUAUGCUAUGACUUGUCAUAUUUCUGUCACAUUUGUUUGUUUUGUUUGUAAUGACACACUGUUUAUGUUGUUUACAUUCGCUAGUUGGUAGGCAAGAAUUAUAUUUUAAUAAUACCCAAAAAGGUUUUAUUUAUGAGAUCAAGUAAACAUACUAAUGAUAACAUUAUAACUGGAUAUUUUUGAUGGUAUGUCUUAUUAUUUUAUCUAAAUGUUGUGUCUUUAGA